AUUAUUGUUGGUUGUAGAAUCAUUAGCCAAAUAUGAGCUGAUUUUAUUGAUUCACUGUGACAUUAGUUUUAAUGUUAACCACCUGCUCCAUAGUUUUUAGCACCACUGCAGGUUAUUUAAAUGAAAUGAAGGAGUUUGUGGUGAUAUUAGCUGCAGUGUUGGUGUGAAGCAGCCGCUAGGGUCUGCCAUGCCACGGACAUGUCCGCCGGCUGACGGAGUGGAUGAGGCGGUCUCUAGCCCGGACUGGCUGUGUAGGCUGGAGCCAUAACCGUCAGCCAAGCAGGGGCCGGGGAGAGGAGGUGGGGGGUGGGUUUAUACCGCUGUACCGCGACAUGUUACAUCCCCUAUGCGUUUACCAGCCCACACACACUCCAGCAAACACAGCCGCGCUCAUCACGGAGACACCGAGACAUGACGGCGAGGAGAGACGCGUCUCAGCCGCUCGGCAGCUCUCGCCUCCCGGAGAGGAAGGGAGCGGCGGACCGGGCGAAGGCUAACCCCGACUGGUUUUAUCCUUCCCCUCGACAGGAGCCGGAGAAAGGGCCGGCGUCCGCGGCGGGGAUCCAUGCCCAUGUGGUGGGCGCUGUCGCCGGCUCCGGUGCUGCAGACGAGUCCUCCGACUCCGAGGCAGAGCAGGAAGGCCCCCAGAAACUGAUCCGGAAAGUGUCCACCUCCGGGCAGAUCAGGAGCAAGACGAGUAUAAAGGAGGGACUGCUGCUGAAACAGACCAGCUCCUUCCAGAGGUGGAAGAAGCGCUACUUCAAGCUGAGAGGCCGAACUCUCUACUACGCCAAAGAUGCCAAGUCCGGCAGUGCUCUGGCACGCUGGCAGGAGCGGGCGCUGCGCAGGGUGUCCAGGAGUCACGUGUGCUGGCGGGUUCUGUCCGUGUGCUGGACGGGCGCACGCCGCUCCCCCCCCCCUCUGGGCGCCAGCGGAUCUGAGGAAGGCCUAGUGAGAAUCCGGUCCCUUAUCUUUGACGAGGUGGAUCUGUCAGACGCCAGCGUGGCAGAGUCCAGCACAAAGAAUGUCAACAACAGCUUCACAGUGAUCACUCCGUUCCGUAGACUCAUCCUCUGUGCUGAGAACAGGAAAGAGAUGGAGGACUGGAUCAGUUCACUGAAGUCCGUCCAGUCCAGAGAGCACUACGAGACGGCUCAGUUUAAUGUGGAACAUUUCUCAGGGAUGCACAACUGGUACGCCUGCUCCCACGCACGGCCCACCUUUUGCAACGUCUGUAAAGAUAGCUUGUCUGGGGUCACGUCUCAUGGCCUCUCUUGUGAAGUGUGUAAAUUCAAAGCCCACAAACGCUGUGCCGUCAGAGCCACCAACAACUGUAAGUGGACCACCCUGGCCUCCAUAGGGAAGGACAUCAUUGAGGAUGAGGACGGGAUUGCGAUGCCUCACCAGUGGUUGGAAGGCAACCUGCCCGUCAGUGCCAAGUGUGCCGUGUGUGAUAAGACGUGUGGCAGCGUGCUCAGACUGCAGGACUGGCGCUGCCUCUGGUGUAAAGCUAUGGUGCACACAGCCUGCAUGGACCUGUACCCUCGCAAGUGUCCUCUGGGUCAGUGCAAAGUCUCCAUCAUUCCUCCUACAGCGCUCAACAGCAUCGACUCAGACGGAUUCUGGAAAGCCACCUGCCCCCCCUCCUGUGCCAGUCCGCUCCUGGUUUUUGUCAAUUCCAAAAGCGGAGACAACCAGGGAGUGAAGUUCCUACGGCGCUUCAAGCAGCUCCUGAACCCGGCUCAGGUCUUUGACCUGGUCAACGGCGGGCCGCACCUCGGUCUGCGCCUAUUUCAAAAGUUCGACAACUUCCGGAUCCUGGUGUGCGGGGGGGACGGCAGCGUGGGCUGGGUCCUGUCAGAGAUCGACAAACUCAACCUACACAAACAGUGCCAGCUGGGGGUGUUGCCGUUGGGAACGGGCAACGACCUGGCGCGGGUGCUGGGCUGGGGCCCGUCAUGCGACGACGACACCCAGCUGCCCCAGAUCCUGGAGAAGUUAGAGCGGGCGAGCACCAAGAUGCUGGACCGCUGGAGCAUCAUGACCUACGAGAUCAAGAUCCCGCCCAAACACAGCUGCCCCACCACGCCUGAGGGAGCCGACGACUGCCAGUUUCAUAUUUCUGCCUAUGAAGACUCAGUAGCUGCUCACCUCACGAAGAUCCUCAACUCUGAGCAGCACUCUGUGGUCAUCUCCUCUGCCAAGAUCCUGUGUGAAACAGUGAAGGACUUCGUUGCCAAAGUGGGGAAAGCCUAUGAAAAAAGCUCAGAGAACGCAGAGGAGUGUGACACCAUGUCUCUCAAAUGUGCCAUCCUGAACGAGAAACUGGACUCCCUCCUCCAGACCCUCAACACAGAGUGCCAGGCUCUGCCUCCGCUCCCCCACUCCACCCCUCCCAUCGUGGAGGAGGAGGAGGAGGACGAGGAGGAGGAGGGCGAGGAAGAGGCCAGCGAGGAGAGCCUGACGGAGCUGAAGGAGAAGCUGGAGGAGGAGGAGACGGAGAAAGGAGGAGGAGGGUCCCCGCACCAGCUGUUCAAGAGCAGGGAGCAGCUGAUGCUGAGGGCCAACAGUCUGAAGAAGGCAGUGAGGCAGAUCAUAGAGCAGGCGGAGAGAGUGGUGGACGAGCAGAACGCCCACACGGACGACACCGAGCUGCCGUCCCCCCUCGAGUUCAGGAAGGACAGCGAGGAGGAGAACAGGGACAGCGAGAAGGACGAGGACACCAAGGAACUGGAAGCAGUGCCCUCUGCAAAGAGUCCGUGUUCUCCAACAGAGAGGAGGGUGAGUCGCAGCACUCAGUCCUACGGCUCCUUCACCAUCACCCCGUUCACCACCAGCAAGGAGAACCUCCCCGUGCUCAACACACGCAUCAUCUGCCCUGGCUUGCGGGCAGGUCUGGCUGCCUCCAUCGCUGGCAGCUCCAUCAUUAGCAAGAUGCUGCUGGCGAACAUCGACCCCUUCGGAGCCACGCCUUUCAUCGACCCCGACCUGGACUCACUAGAGGGCUACAUGGAGAAGUGUGUGAUGAACAACUACUUUGGAAUCGGCCUUGAUGCUAAAAUCUCCCUGGAGUUCAACAACAAGCGAGAGGAGCAUCCGGAGAAAUGCAGGAGUCGGACCAAGAACAUGAUGUGGUACGGUGUUCUGGGCACGAAGGAGCUUCUGCAGAGAACCUACAAGAACCUGGAGCAGAAGGUCCAGCUGGAGUGUGACGGUCAGUACAUCCCCCUGCCCAGCCUCCAGGGCAUCGCCGUCUUAAACAUUCCCAGCUACGCAGGCGGGACCAACUUCUGGGGCGGCACCAAGGAGGACGACAUCUUCUGCGCUCCGUCCUUUGACGAUAAGAUCCUGGAAGUCGUGGCUGUGUUUGGGAGUAUGCAGAUGGCCGUGUCCAGAGUCAUCAAGCUGCAACACCACCGCAUAGCACAGUGUCGAACAGUGAAGAUUACCAUCCUGGGAGAUGAGGGCGUUCCCAUUCAGGUGGACGGUGAGGCCUGGAUCCAGCCGCCGGGAGUCAUCAAGAUCCAGCACAAGAACCGGGCUCAGAUGCUCACCAGAGACCGGGCGUUUGAGAACACGUUGAAGUCGUGGGAAGACAAGCUGAAGUACGAUAAGCCUCCUCUGCGGCCUCACCUCUACCCACAGCAGUCUGUGGACCUGGCCACGGAGGAGGAGGCCGCCCUGGUGCAGAUGUGCGCCCGAGCUGCAGAGGAGCUCAUCACAAGGAUAUGUGAGGCUGCAAAGACCAAUGGGCUUCUGGAGCAGGAGCUGGCUCAUGCUGUUAAUGCUGCAUCUCACGCCAUCAACAAGACACACCCCAAGUUUCCAGAGAGUCUGACCAGGAACACAGCGAUAGAGGUGGCCAGCACUGUCAAGGCUCUGUACAACGAGACCGAGUCUCUUCUGCUGGGCAGAGUCUCUCUGCAACUGGACCCGCCAGAGGAGGAGCAGCUGUCCGGCGCUCUGCAGAGUGUGGAGUUGGAACUGGGCAAACUGGGAGAGAUCCCCUGGCUCUACCACAUACUGCAGCCCAACGACGAGGAGGACCACUCUCUGGGUUACGGCAAGAGGAACAGUCGCAGCAGCAUGUUUCGCAUAGUCCCCAAGUUCAAGAAGGAGAAGGCCGCCAAGAAGACGAGCCCUCAGUCAGUGGAGAGGUGGGGCACAGAGGAGGUGGGCGUCUGGCUGGAACAGCUGAGUCUGGGGGAGUACAGAGACACCUUCAUCCGACACGACAUCCGAGGCUCGGAGCUGCUGCACCUGGAGAGGAGGGACCUGAAGGAUCUGGGGAUAUCGAAAGUGGGUCAUAUGAAGAGAAUUCUCCAGGGAACUAAAGACCUGGCCAAGGCCUCCAUGGUUGACCUCUAACCCGGGAGCAGAUGUUGCCGGAGAGGGGGAAAUGAGCGCCCCCCUCCCCCUCUGCCAUCAGUGGGAGGAGUCUGGCAGCGCCGUGGGCAGCGAAGGAGACGACAGGUAUUCUGGGAGAGCUGGACGCUGCCUCUCUGCCGCGCUGAGACGGCCUCUGUGAUGUUGUGAACAAGAAACAUUAGUGUGUUUGUGCUUUGGUGCCAAAACAACCGGAGGAAGUGCAAAAGGAAGUCAUGGAGCUUCACACAAAAAAAGCCAUUUCUGAGUUAAUAACCAUUCCUAGCACACAAUCAGGUAUGCAACUAACCACACUGAGGACAGUUCACAUGUUGUCUGACAAACUAGUAGCAAACCAGGACUUCCAUGAGUGUGUGUGUGUGUGUGUGUGUGUGUGUGUGUGUGUGUGUGUGUGUGUGUGUGAGUGUGUGUGGUGGUGGGGGGGUUGGUUUCAGUUCAGUUCAGUAGUGUGUGCAGAUGUGAUGUUUGCUGGAUAUUAUAUUCAUAGAGCUGCGGAUGCAUCAACGCAGAGACAAACAGUGGAAGGUGUGGUUCCUGAAAACAGUGGGAUACUGUCGCAUGCUGUGCUUGCUCAACUUCAGAUAUGUUUAAUUGCAUGAUUAGUGUCUUGAUCUUUUUUUUUUUUGUGUGCAAAAAUAACACUUGAAGAAGUUUUACAUUAAGUAUUACGAUGCCAUUUGUUACUACUGAACGCAUCUUUCUUUUCUUUGUUUGGUCUAAAUCUUCUGGUUUUUUAGCUUUAAUUUAUUUUGUUUGCAUGAUGAUGAUGUCAGGUGCCAUAUUUUCAGUCAUAGUGUAAAUGUGCUUUAUUGGUAGAUAUCAUAAGAAGUUUAUAAAAAAGCUGUUGAUGAGGUAUGAAUAUGAAUAUAUGGAAUUAAGUACCAAAGUGAAUGUCUAAGAAAACAUGAUCAUCAACUCUUUAUUUAAUCGGCCAGUUGGUCUUAGGUCUUAAUUCCAUUAAAGCUGGGAAGCAGAUUAGUAUUAAACAGGAAGGAAGUAAAAGCGUCGACCACAUUUACCGUCGGCUUGUUGAGUUCUUUUGUGUUUUUAAAAGGCACUUUUUACUUCUUGCUUUGUGCAAGUGCAACUCCUCAUAUCAUUACAUAGAAUUAACAGUUCACCUCAACUUUUGAAACUUUUGGCAAGUUAACACAGUAUUUAACACUAAUGAGAAUAGGAGUUAGAUAUUGGUUUUGAAUAUAUAAUAGAGACGUUGAUCUGCAGCCUGCAUAGCGUUGUUCAAGUGCAGCUUAUUUUCCUUCAAAUCACAGUGAGAUGUUGACAGGACACUACCUGUACUUGUUAGUUUCUUUUAAGACUGGUGGCAUUACAGGGUAUAUUUCUAUAUGUGAUGCUAAGGUGGUAUAUAUACAUAUAUAUGUGUAUAUAUAUGCAGUGUAUAUACAGUAUACCAGUGUAUGCAAACAAUGUUUGUAAGUGUUGUAGUCUAAUGCAUUUGUAGAUUGCUGACAUGGCAUGCAUUGUCAACAGCUGACACAUCUGACUGUGUAUAUUACACCAUAACAAUUGUGUAUAGUUGAUUUUGUUCUAAUCUCUUGUACAUGAUAAUGCUGUUGUAUUCUAAUGAUGGUGCAAUAUUUGAUCUCUUGUUUUGAUACUGUCUCUGCAGCUUUCUGACAUGAUGUUUCUCAGCGGGGGAAAAAAACACACAAAAACCCCCUGGAAAGAGUUUUUUGUACAUGUUCUCUUCCUCCUGCUUCCUCCAGGUGUGAGGAUUAGAUUUUAAAGCGUUAGACCCGUAGACAGACAGACUGCGUUUUCUUACCGACUCCAAAUUUCUUCCAGCGGUUUCAGUAGUUUGUAGUUUUUUGCUCCUCUGUGCUUCCAGGACGAGACACUGACGUGGGACGGUGUCGCUGAGUGAGGAGGCCGGGCAGACACGACUGUUGUGUUCAUUUGUCCUCGCUGUGGCAUAUUUGACUUUGUCCGCAAUUGUAUAGUUACCAACAAAUUUUACCAUGUGAUUUCAACUUUAAUGACUCAGUCGUCCCUGUUUCUCACUGAACAGUGGGCGCUAAAGUUUCCACAUCAAAGUAUCCUAUAUUAUAGUCAUGCAUCGUCCCUAAUGUGCCACCAGAGGGCGUCUCUGCUGUCCCUCAGUCACAUUGUUGAAUGAUUUUACAGUUGCUUAUGUCGACGAUCAGCUGAGUCUAAACCAUUAUAUUCAGUAUAAUCUCUUUAAACCCGUGAAUCUAAUUCAAAACCAAGAUGAUUUUUUUCAUGUGUGCACUAUUGUUCAUCCUCAGCCAAAGAUAAAGAUGUGACUACAGACCACUCACUCAAACAUCCUCCCAGACAGAACUACGCCUUUAAUUUGUUUAGCGCAUCAGAUUCAUUGUUCACUAUUUGGCCUUUUGCGAGCCAGAAAAUCUGCGUAUAGGUUUUUACAUGUGCUUUACUGGAGCAGUGUAGUAGAGCUGCUGUAUGCUGCCUGGUGCUCAUCACUUCCAUUUAAUGUCCAUCACACCGGUCACUGCUGCAGUUCUCCAGCUGUGUCUGUGUUUAAAGGUUUCUGUGCGUCUCAAAGUGUCUGCCGGGGUCUGUAAGUUUCAAGACUCCAGGAUAUUAGAUCGUGCUUGACCUCUCCAUACAAAGUGGAAGUCGACACCUGUUCGCCCCUCGCUGUGUUUUCCAGUAGUCUGUAAAUAAUGCUGCAAACUGCCUGGUUUUCAAAAACCAACGAACCCAUGCAAGGAUCUCUGAAAGACAGGUUAACACGUCGUCUUUGAUAUGGUUCCUGAAGUGAUGGGAGAAAAGUGAAUUUCAUUUGUUUACAUUAUGUUUACAAUGGCACAGUUUUCAUUUUUAAGAAUAUAUAUGUAGGUAUAAACAAUAUUUGCAUAUUUAUUGCCUAAGGUUAAAUGAUAUGAUGUGUAUUGUGUUUUCACCUUUGGAAUAUAAUGUUACAGUUGUCACCUGUAUUACUAUCUGGAUGAUUUUGGUAAAGUAGUUGAUCAUUUUUAUGACUACUAAGUGACUGUUUUCUGUGCCUUUUUAUGGUUAGAAUGCAUGGUUAACUAUUUAUUACGAUUUGGAGUCACUGAGAUGUGUAUUUUUGUAUUCUGAAUAAAUAAAUGGUUCAGCUUUUGUUGUACAUUUUUAAGGUGCCUUAAAACGGGCUACCUAUUCAUAUCUCUCUUCUUCAAUAAAACCAAAUACAUAUGCA